GCCCUGUACAACACUUUGGUGGCCAGAUCAGAAAUGGUGUGCUAUUUUGUUAUUAUCCUCAAUCAUAUGAUUUCUGCUUCUAUGAUAACACUGGUGCUGCCAAUCCUCAUAUUUCUGUGGGCCAUGCUAUCUGUGCCACGACCCAGCAAACGGUUUUGGAUGACUGCCAUUGUAUAUACGGAGGUGACUAUUGUGAUCAAGUACUUCUUUCAGUUUGGAUUCUUUCCAUGGAACUUCAAUUUAGAAUUAUUCAAAGAUAAACCUUACCAUCCUCCCAAUAUAAUUGGUGUAGAGAAAAAAGAAGGCUAUGUCCAUUAUGAUCUGGUUCAACUGCUUGCUUUAUUUUUUCACAGAUCUAUCUUAAAG